GAUCCCGGAGGGUAGUUUGUAAUUUCUUUUGUCCAUGCCUGCCAUGGUCCCAGUAUGGUCAGAUUGCAGAGCGCCAGUCGCGUGUUGCUGGCGUCGGCUCGGCACGGGCACGGUCUGGUGGGAGUUUCCGGCAUCGGCCACAAACGUCAGUUAUGGUUCCAGGAGGAACGCGGUGGGCGGUUGCUGCAGACCGAGGUCGUUAUUGCGGAUGGAACACUUCACCUCGAACACUCCUUGAGGCAAACGCCAUACUUGAACUUCAUGUUCAAGAAGCUGCGCGGGUACGGAGAGCCGUCCGGAUGCCGCGUUUUGGUCCUGGGCGUUGGAGGAGGCUUGUUGCCUCAAGCGCUGGUGAAAAGUGGCUGCAAGGUGAUUGCCGUAGAGAGCAGUGAAGUGGUUCUGUCGCUGGCAAGAAAAUUUAUGGGCCUGCAGGCCGAGACGCUCGAGCUUCACAGCUGCGAUGCUGCCAGCUUCGUCCGAAGUCUUGCAGAGAGGCUCAGUCCUGACUCUCAACGCUUCGAUGCUUGCGCAAUUGACAUCUUCCAGGGACAUACUUCUGCAGUGCCGGCCUUCACCCGGUCGCAGAGCUUUUUGCAAGAUCUCAAGCAAAUCUUGAGGCCGGGUGCGUUGCUGCUCCAGAAUGCUGUUGAUGCGACCAGCUCCUUGAAAUGCAGCAGGUCAGGUGCCUCCGGUGAAUCCGGUGCACACGUGCGCUGCACGGCGCGGGUGAGGCAAGCGGCGCCCAUGGGGCCGUUGAAGCCGGUCACCUAUGUGCGGCACAAUGAGGCUGAACCCUCAGGACUUGAAGCUGUUGAAGGAUGCCUAUCGUGAGGCCUUUGACAUGGUCCAAGUCCAUAGGCCGGCGUCCUGGGCCCCUGGUAUUGUCCUCGCUGCAAAGAUCGGCGUUGGAGGAAAAGGAUCCAAAAGGACUCCAAGGACCAAACAA